UUUAUGUUCUUGCAAAACUGCUUACUGACUAAGUCCAGAAGGAGCAGUUAUAAGCUUGGAUGAUUUUGACCACAACUUCCUUGUAGGGAAACAGGCAGUGACGGAUCUUGGAAAGCUGCAAAGGUUGCCUGCUACAGCGGAAUAACUCUGCAGUUACACUUGACUUCGGCGAAGAGGGUUCCCUGUCUCCUUCUAAGCACCAGCUGUCGUUGCAAUGAACACUCAGCCAGUGAUCAUGAACCAGCCCCAGAUUGUGCUUGCCCAGCACCAAAGCCCUCAAUGGCAGACGGACUUAAUGGACUGUUGCAGUGACUGCGGAGUGUGCCUCUGUGGACUGUUUUGCCCCCUUAUUUUGGGGUGCCAGAUAGCUUCGGCUAUGGAUGAAUGCUGCCUCUGUGGCUCAAGCAUGGCAAUGAGGUCCGUCUACCGGACAAAAUAUGGGAUCCCGGGAUCUCUCCUGGGCGACUUCUGUGCUCUCUGGUGCUGCCCUCAUUGUGCCCUUUGCCAGCUCAAGAGGGACAUCAACAAAAGAAAAGACAUGGGGAUCUUCUAGGAAGAUUUGCACACAUUCAGUAAGAGAGGGUCUGGAAAUCCCUUCUGCUCAUCGCCAUCACCCUUCAUAAUCAAGUCAAACAUUGCUUGGCCCAUAUUCUAAUCUCUGAAAGAUGAUGCCUUGGACCUAAGAUUAUGGAAAAGCGUGUAGCUUUUUAGAAUACAUAACUAUUUAAGUAAUUUUGUUACUGGAAAUCUGUUUAG